AUGAGAACCGAAACAGACAGUAUGGGGACGCUUCAUGUUCCCGCUGACCGUUACUGGGGAGCACAGACGCAACGUGCACUCCAGAAUUUUAAAAUUGGUGACGAACGCCUGCCGCGUGCCGCUAUAUGGGCACUUGGUACUAUUAAACAAGUAGUCGCACAGGUCAAUGCUGACCUUGGUUCGCUUGAAACCCGACUCGCGGAAGCGAUUAGCGCAGCAGCACAAGAAGUUAUUGACGGCACGCUGGAUGAUCAUUUUCCACUCCGUAUCUGGCAGACAGGCAGUGGAACACAGACAAAUAUGAAUGUCAAUGAAGUCAUUGCGAACCGUCAAAUGGGCAGCAAGCAUCCCAUCCACCCUAACGAUCAUGUUAACAAGUCUCAAUCGACAAACGAUGUCUUCCCGACAUCUAUCCACUUGGCAAUGGUCCGGCAGAUGCAGACACAUCUGUUGCCGCGCUUGGUCGCACUGCAAGAAGCCUUCGGAGAAAAGGUGUCCGAAUUUGCAGAGAUCGUCAAGAUUGGAAGAACACACCUAAUGGAUGCGACCCCGCUUACACUUGGGCAUGAAUUUAGUGCGUAUGCCCAACAACUUACCGCCGCCGAACAGCGCAUUACUGCUUCGCUUCCGCAUCUCUGUGAACUCCCGAUCGGCGGAACAGCUGUCGGUACCGGGUUGAAUACGCACCCUGACUACACUGCACGGGUCGUUGCACGGCUUUCGGAAACAACAGGUUAUGAACUCCAACGCGCACCGAACGCGUUCGAGGCACUCGCAUGCCGAGACGCGGUUGUUAGCGCAAGUGGUGCUUUGAAAACGUUGGCAGUUGCACUGUUCAAAAUCGCGAACGACAUCCGAUGGCUCGCGUCGGGACCGCGGUGUGGACUCGGCGAACUGCAACUACCUGAAAUGGAGCCCGGUAGUUCUAUUAUGCCGGGGAAGGUGAAUCCGACACAAUGUGAAGCCGUCACGAUGGUGUGUGCACAGGUGAUGGGAAAUGAUACGACGUUGACGUUUGCAGGUGCGAACGGUGCCUUGCAACUGAACGUAUUUAUGCCUGUGAUUGCGUAUAACGCUUUACAGUCCAUACAGCUUCUUGGGGAUGCGUGUGAAUCUUUCCGCGUUAACUGCGUAGAAGGUAUCGUGCCGAACCGUGAGAUCAUCGGGCGACAUCUUUCAGAAUCGCUGAUGCUUGUGACGGCGUUGGCUCCACACAUCGGGUACGAUAAGGCGGCAAAGGUGGCACAACACGCACACGAACAGGGGUGUACGCUCCGCGAGGCUGCCGUUGCGAUGGAAGUCUUAACAGGAGAGGCUUUUGACGAACUGGUCGUACCGGGGGAUAUGACACGACCGAAUUUGGGGUAA